AUUAAGCAACCUUGAACUUCAGCAAAGCUAUUAUAAACAGAUCCAACAGCCCCGCCUCCCUCGUGAAUAAUGCAAGACCCUCCCAUCGACCUGAGCUCCCUGGCAAAGCUUACUGCAUGCAGUGUUCGCUUUGGUCCUGCCUGAUGCGAGCUUGUUGUGAAUGCGAAUUGCACUCCUUAGUAGGGUCAAUGAGGUACACUUGAAUUACUGAAAAUCUUAAAUUUCACCAAACCUUAUUCGACUUCUACAUAUAUUUACACACGCGGACUGUUUUCUCCAAGGAGCCAAAGCUGACUGACGCAAAAGCUCGCAAGAAGUCCACCCGUAGGCUUUUUGGCUAAGGCGGUCUGAAAUCCAGCUGUUGGCUGAUAUUACGGAUAGCCUCCCGUGCUGAUAAGGCAAACACCGUCUUCGGAGGACAUUGCACGGCUGUUGAUGCAUCGGACUGCCUGACAGGAGGAGCAAGCAAACGAUCAAGAGCUAUCACGUCGAAACAAGGACUUGCUGAAGGAGAUGGAAUUGGGGCCUCGGCCCUCUGGAGACAGAUUCAGAACGUCGCCCCCUGCAGGCCAGGCAGGCUCGCUGUGAGGCCCACGUCCUCUCAUCCAUGAUUUCUUCAUAGCUCUGUACAGACUGGUGCAGUCAUGUUCAGGAACAGCUUAAAGAUGCUGCUUAGCGGCGGCAAGUCCAACCGCAAGAACCGGAAUAGUGGCGGCGGAUCGACAGACAGUGAGGGUGUGUGUGACGGGGACUACGGCGUACCCCCGCUGCCGGUGACAGAGAGCAUGCAGCACAUGCGCAUCAUGGAGGGCGUGUCCCGAUCUCUGCCCUCGUCUCCUCUCCUCUCCCACCAGGCCCUCAACUCGCGCCUGCACACCACCAAACGCCUGCCUGGUGAGAAUCAUCAGGCGCUGGGCCCCCCUCCCUCGGUGGACGAGGCCGCCAACACCCUGAUGACGCGCCUCGGCUUCCUGUUGGGAGACAAGGUCGGUGAGGGCCCCCCGGGUCCACAGUACAGUAUGGAUGAACCAGACGACAGCCAGGGUAUCCUGGUGACCCAGAGGAUCAGUCCGUGCUCCAGUUUGGCCAGCAGCACAGCGUCGCCCCCUGCUGGUAGUCCCUGCUCCACGCUGCCCCCUGGCCCCCCAGUGCACCCUGGGAACAGAGACUGCAGUGCCUACGGCUCCAUCACCAGCCCCACCUCUACCCUGGAGAGCAGGGACAGCGGCAUCAUCGCCACACUCACAAGCUACUCAGAGAACGCCGAACGGGGUGGUAAGCAUGGCGACGGUAGCCGCGGCAGCCUGAAGCUGUGGCAGACGCAGAAGUCGUCUGGGAUGGGCGGGGGCAUGGGUGGCGACUCCUUCCUCUACCGCGUGGACGAGAACAUGGCCGCCUCCACCUACAGCCUCAACAAGAUUCCUGAGCGCAGCCUGGACCACGCCUCCUCACACUCCCACCACUCCAUCCCCCUCUACCUCAUGCCCCGCCCCAACUCUGUGGCAGCGACCAGCUCCGCUCACCUGGAGGACCUGGCGUACCUGGACGAGCAGAGACACGCCCCCUUACGCACCUCGCUCCGAAUGCCCCGCCAGAGCGCCGGGGCCGCACGCACCGCACAGGAUCUCAGAGCUUCUGCUAAUAUCCAUGCCUGGCAGUCGAGCUCAUUGCGCUUUGCCCCGUACCGGCCACCAGACAUCGCCCUAAAGCCGCUGCUGUUCGAGGUGCCCAGCCUCUCCACUGACACCACUUUCACAGGCCGCCAUUGGCUCUUCCAGGAGGUCGAGGCCGGUCUCCGUGGCAACGACCCCACAGCCAAUCGUGGCGUGGUGAUCAUGGGCAACGUUGGCUUUGGCAAGACCGCCAUCAUCUCCCGCCUAGUGGCACUUAGUUGCCAUGGCAACCGCAUGCGGCAGAUUGCUUCUGACAGUCCACAUGCCUCACCAAAGCAUGGAGAGGGUUUGUCUCUCAGUCAGCCCCAGUCAGCUCAUGGUACUCUAGGCGGGGGCAGCUGUCCUGGAACCCCCGAGAUGAGGCGACGCCAGGAGGAGGCACUCAGGAGACUAGCUUCACAGGUGGUGGCGUAUCACUACUGCCAGGCUGAUAAUGCCUACACGUGCCUGGUGCCGGAGUUCGUGCACAACGUGGCGGCCCUGCUCUGCCGCGCCCCCCAACUCCUCUGUUACCGCGAGCAACUGCUGCGUGAGCCGCACCUACAGAGCACGCUCAGUCUGCGCUCCUGUGUCCAGGACCCGCUCAACGCCUUCAGGAGAGGAGUGCUGGAACCACUGGAAGUGCUGCACAGAGAGAGGAAGAUUGUGUGUGAGGACGACCUGGUCAUUCUGAUUGACGGCCUGAACGAAGCAGAGUUCCACAAGCCUGAUUACGGCGACACCAUUGUGUCCUUCAUGAGUAAGACCAUCGACCGCUUCCCACCCUGGCUCAAACUGGUGGUUACAGUCAGGACCUCUCUGCAGGAUGUGACCCACCCUCUGCCUUUCCACCGCAUCUCGCUGGACUCCCUGGACGAGAACGACGCCAUCGACCAGGACCUGCAGACCUACAUCCUGCACCGCAUCCACAGCAGCCCCGAGAUCCAGAGCAACAUCUCGCUCAACGGCAAGAUGGACAACGCCGCCUUCUCCAAGCUCAGCACCCACCUCAAGGCCCUGAGCCGCGGCUCCUACCUCUACCUUAAGCUCACCCUCGACCUCAUCGAGAAGGGCUACCUGGUGCUCAAGAGCUCCAGCUACAAGGUGGUGCCAGUCAGCCUGGCGGAGGUGUACCUGCUGCUGCUGAACAUGCGCUUCCCCACGCAGUCGUCGUUUGAGCGGGCACUGCCGCUGCUGAAUGUGGCGGUGGCGUCGCUGCACCCGCUGACGGACGAGCAGGCCUUCGGGGCGGUGAACUCGGGCGCGGUGCGCGGCGGCAACAUGGACUGGGAGGACUUCCUGCAGCGCGCCGAGCUCCUCUCGCCCUUCCUGGUGCGUCGGCGGGACGGCACGCGCAUGUUCGUGCACCCCUCCUUCAGGGAGUGGCUCAUCUGGAGGGAGGACGGGGAGAAGACCAAGUUCCUCUGUGACCCCAGGAGUGGUCACACUCUCCUGGCCUUCUGGUUCUCCCGUCAGGAUGGCAAACUCAACCGCCAACAGACCAUUGAGCUGGGCCACCACAUCCUCAAAGCACACAUCUUUAAGGGCCUGAGUAAGAAGGUUGGGGUCUCUUCAUCCGUUCUGCAGGGGCUGUGGGUUUCUUACAGCACAGAGGGGCUGUCCACUGCCUUAGCCUCGCUUAGGAACCUCUAUACACCCAAUAUUAAGGUAUCUCGCCUGCUGAUUCAUGGCGGGGCUAAUGUGAACUACCGUACGGAGGUUCUGAGUAACGCGCCCAUCCUGUGUGUCCACGCCCACCUGGGCUACGCCGAGACGGCGGCACUGCUGCUGGAGUUCGGCGCCAGUGUGGAGGCCACGUCGGAGAGUGGCAACAGCGCCCUGGGCUACGCCGCCGCUGCCGGGCACCUGCCCAUCGUCACUGCGCUCUGUGCCAAGAAGGCCAAGGUGGAUCACCUGGAUAAGAGUGGUCAGUGUGCUCUGGUGCACGCCGCCCUGCGGGGACACCUGGAGGUGGUGAGGUUCCUGGUGCAGUGUGACUGGAACCCAGACGGCCAGCAGGGGGUUUUCAGCAAGAGCCACGCCGUACAGCAGGCCCUCAUCGCCGCCGCUAGCAUGGGAUACACAGAGAUUGCAUCCUACCUGUUGGACCUGCCAGAGAAAGAUGAGGAAGAAGAGGAGCGUGCACAGAUCAACAGCUUUGACACUCUCUGGGGGGAGACAGCUCUGACGGCGGCGGCUGGUCGGGGGAAGCUGGAUGUGUGUCGUCUGCUGCUGGAGCAGGGUGCCGCUGUGGCACAACCAAACCGCCGCGGCAUCGUACCACUCUUCAGCGCCGUACGCCAGGGACACUGGCAGAUAGUUGACCUGCUGUUGAACCACGGGGCCGAUGUCAACAUGGCCGACAAGCAGGGCCGCACUCCUCUCAUGAUGGCUGCCUCCGAGGGACACCUGGGCACCGCUGAGUACCUGCUGGCACAGGGUGCUUCUCUGGCACUAAUGGACAAGGAGGGGCUUACAGCUCUGAGCUGGGCGUGUCUGAAAGGCCACCUCCCAUUGGUCCGUGCCCUGGUGGAGAAAGGCGCGACCACUGCCCACGCAGACAAGAGCGGCCGGACCCCGCUGGACCUGGCCGCCUUCUACGGAGACUCUGAGGUGGUGCAGUUCCUGGUGGAUCAUGGGGCGAUGAUUGAGCAUGUGGACCACAGCGGCAUGAGGCCUCUGGACCGGGCCGUGGGCUGCAGGAACACCUCAGUGGUGGUCGCCUUACUGAAGAAGGGUGCCAAAAUAGGUCCAGCGACAUGGGCGAUGGCCACCUCGAAGCCGGACAUUAUGAUCGUGCUCCUUAGCAAAUUGAUGGAGGAGGGAGAUGGUUUCUACAAGAAGGGGAAGGUGAAGGAGGCUUCCCAGCGCUAUCAGUACGCGCUCAAGAAGUUUCCUCGAGAGGGUUUCAGUGAGGACCUGAAGACCUUCCGCGAGCUCAAAGUAUCCCUGCUUCUCAACCUCUCCCGCUGUCGCAGGAAAAUGAACGACUUUGGGAUGGCUGAGGAGUUUGCCACCAAGGCUCUAGAGUUGAAACCCAAAUCGUACGAGGCCUUUUACGCACGAGCCCGCGCCAAGCGCAGCAGCAGGCAGUUCCACGCAGCCCUGGAGGACCUGAAUGAAGCCAUGCGUCUGUGCCCCAACAACCGUGAGAUCCAGCGCCUGCUGCAGCGCGUGGAGGAGGAGUAUGACCAGGUCGCCCAGCAGCAGGAACUGGAACUGGAACCGCCCCCGUCCCCACCCCACGACCAGGAACCGCCCACCAUGCACCCCGCCCCCCUGGAGCCCCGCCUCUCCGACAUGGAGCCCGUGCAGGACCUGUUCGAGGAGGACGAGGACUACCAGGAGCGUGACAUGGAGGGCCUGCCACUAGGGGGCGGCAUGGUGCCUGGGUCCCGCUGUAGUCCCUCGGGGGUUCCCGUCAUCCAUAACAUGCCCCCGUCGCCCAGUCACCGCGACUCGCCCUACCUGAGCGGGGGCCCCUCCAUGGGCCAGGCCUUUGAGCUCCGCCCCAGCCCGCCCUCCAUGUCGUCUCCCACGCGUCAGGGCUACCAGUCAUCCCCCUCUCCCUCGCUCUCGCCCACCCACCAGAGCUCCCACUUCCGGCCCAGCCCGCCCCACACCUCUCCGGCCCACCAGGUCCCCCCGCCGCCAGGCGGCUCCUACCACUUCAGCCCGCCGCCCUCGCCCCUGCGCCGCGGCCCGCAGUACCGCGCCAGCCCCACCUCCGAGGGCGUGGCUCUCUACCGCCCGCAGUCCGCCUCCGCGGCCACCGGGCGCUACCAGCAGGACGCGCCACUGCAGCCGCACCACCACCACCACCACCACCACCCGGGUCGCCCAAAGUCACCCCUGUCCAAGAUGGCAGGCCAGCGCUCCUUCCAGCUGCCCACGCAGGUGCAGGUGCCCCCACAGCAGGGCCAGUGGCUGCAGCCGGCCAAGGCCCAGAUCGUGCGCACUAACCAGCCCAGCGCCGCCGUGCACUCCAGCGCCGUGCUGGGCAGCAGUGUCUACAGCCAGAUGGCGCACUCCAUGAGUGCCCGUUGCCCUGGCGAUGUGGACGAGCUGGUCGAGAGCGGGUACGGAGGCGGCGGGUCGCUCCAGGUGCAGGGCAGCCUGAGUGCGGGCAUGCUGUACCAGCGCGCCAUCAGCAUGGACCCCGGGCUCAUGGAGGAUGAGCCCCCACUGCCCCCACCACAGCAGGCCCCCAUGCAGAGGCCCUCCUCUGCAUACCAGAGGCCUGUGGCGGGGGGGCUGCGCUACAGCCAGACGCCCCAGAUCAGCCGCAGCCAGUCGGCUGCCUACUACCCGGUGUCACCCCAUGAUCUGGAGCGGCAGGCCCAGCUGGGCUCACCCGAGAACCCGCAUGCGCUCCGCAGGCCUGUCAGCGCCACCAGCACUGAGCCCAAGCCACACGCACCCACCCCCCGGCCGCUCAUCCACUCCCAGAGUGUGGGCCUGCGCUUCUCCCCCUCCACCAGCAGCCUGGGUGGGGGCUCGGCUGUAAAUUUAGGCCCUGGCUUCAGGCCCUCGGCCCAGCAGAUGGAGAUCCCACUCCAGCUGUCCUACGAGGGCGGCUUCUGCGACGAGCUGUCACCCGUGUCACCCCCGCAGGGGCCGCUGGACAUGCGCGUCAUGGGGGGCACAUACCCGGGCGAGGCCCUGCGGUCCCGCGCCACACCCUUCAUGGGCAUCAGCGACAAGACAGCGCGCACGCAGCAGUACCCGCCACCACAUCAACCCUCCUCUUCCUCCUCCUCGCCUUCCUCCCGGGCCUGGGCCGUGUCGUCGCUGGACACCGUCAUCAGCAGCCCCGCCACGUCGCCUAGCAACAUGGGGUACAGCCACAUUGCCUACUACAACCGCACCAACAACGCCCACAACGGACACCUGAUGGAGGAGGACUACUACGCGGCGCCCAGCUCGGUACGCGAGCGCUCGGCCGACGCCAUGGGCCGCGUCAGCCAAGCGCCCACCUACCCGGACGUGAAGGUGGCGCGGACUCUACCCGUGGCGCAGGCCUACCAGGACAGCGAGUACCGGCAGAUGAGCCGCAACGACAGACAAGGCCCCACCUCCCCCAUCAAGCCAAAGAGACCGUUUGUGGAGUCCAACGUGUAGGCGGCAGGAGGCCCGGAGACACUCCAUACCGUCCCACCAAUGAGCUCUCAGAACAGCCGGGGGGUGAACCGUCCAACCAUCUCCACUCAGACUGGCAUAGAACAUCACCAAGCCACAUGUCUCAUCUCAAUCAAUCUCAUGUCAGUUUAGUGCUGAAUAUACAGGCAAAGGUGGGCUGAACUCCUCAGCUGAAUGGAGCCUCUGGUGCACAGUACUAAGCAUCAUUCGAAAGGAAAAACAGAGCUGGGAUAAAUAUCCAAUUUUAAUACUGACUGUUUAUAGUGUGGCCUUACAGAAAUAUGAAUAUACUACAGUAUAAACAGCAACAAGUCUUAAAAUGACACAUCCGAGUGUUGUUUUUUUUCCUCAAGGUGUCAACGCUGAUUAUUAACUCAAGACUUACAGUAGUCUUAGUAAGAGAGCUGUUUUAGAGGUCCAGUGGAGUUCUUUCGCCGUCUUGAACGGGGUUUGUGGUUCCACGAGAGUACCAACAUGAGCUCAAGUACUGCAGAACGUAAAAUCAACGUAUGUAAGAUCAGCGAAAACAUCGGUUCUAACGCUCGACCUGGAGACCUCUGUCACUUGUACCAGGAGAAAGAAGAUGGCCAGCGAUAUCUCCCCAUCUCAGUGUGCUCUUGUCGGGGUGGAUGAAUCUCAUCUUUAACUCUCCCAGCCUUGCAGAGAUGCACACAUUGCUUUGCCCCUUCUAAAACAAUGAUUUUGAUGAAAAAUGAAAAAAAUCUGACGCCAGGUAAAUCUGUACAUAGCAAAAAGCGAAAAGUAAUAUUUAUCAUUUUAAGUUAUGUUUGUAAAAUAAUUAUAUAUAUAUAUAAAUAUAAAUAUAUAUACUUAAUUUUUUUUUCUCUCUACUUGAUUGUAAAUUGUUUACCUUCCUGUUUGUUUGUAAGUGUUGCCCAAAAUGGUCCAUAUGCAGUUAGGUUGGGAAAGAAAAGGGGAUUGGUUCUGCUUCUCUGUUGCCCCACUUCUCAGGAGCACAUGAACUGUGGCCAAAACAAUAACAGGCUGUGCUUCAGAAACCAGACGUCAGCUUAAUCUGUGCCUCGCUCCAUGUGACUUCCUGUAAUGCUUGAACAGGAAACUAAAGGGUACCGCUGCCGUGCCGUAAUUGGAGGUAAUUUGCUAAACGCAGAGAGAAUGGCACAAUAUCACCAGAUUCAUCAGUGUGGACCAUGCAGACUUAGUCUUAAGAGUUGUGAAGGCAUGAAGUUGAACUCUGUAUGGGAGGGUGUGUUUGGAUGUGUGGGAGUUUACUGGCAGCUAGUGAUGGCUCAGCUUUGAGUUGCGCCCGACACCUCUGAGUCCUCUCUUAAACGAGACCCAGUGUCACUGAAGGUCACAGAUCGGAUGUGUCUCUUUAUCCCCUGAAAACAAACGCUUACAGAGGUCAUUAGUGUCACUUAUUCAUCAGCCUAACGUUAAGGUUCAAGAAAGGUCUAGAGUGUGCGAGUUGUUUCAUUUAGUUUCAGCACCCUUGCUGCAAAGGAACAGGGUUUUAUAAGGUAGAGUUCAUGUAUGGUUUUAGGUGUUGUUCAAAUAUCAAAACCACAGUUUGAAGAGAAGCUACAGGCUUUGGUCGUAUUAACCGACACAUCCUCAGUCUCAGUCCAAACCCUCACUGGAUAAUACGUUAAUACGAAAUAAUUAAUAUUGGACCUCCAUAUUGGAAUAUUGGACAACCAUCACACCAGAACCAAUCCCAGAGACAGGAAAUGACAGGAAGUAUCUGUGUGAUGUCAGAGGUCAAAGCAGGAAGUAGUAUGAGUUGCAGGAAGUAUUUUCAGCCAAUUUUGUUUUUUAUAUGUAUAAAUAUAUAGGUUCAGUGUAAAUGACUGUACAUAAAGAUCCCACUAAAGAACGCAUGCUCUCUGCUGAUUCACACACACAUUCAAGCAAAGACAUUGGUUGGUGAGUGUUUGCAAUGGAGUGUGUGUGUGCGUGUGUGUGUGUGUGUGUGUGUGUGUGCGUGCGUGCAUACUUUUAUUUUCCACUGCGGGGAGGAGAUGAGGCUUUAAAGGGUUGUUCUUUUAUUCUUUUUUGUACUUGUUUUGGUUUUAUUUUUUUCAUCUUUCAAGGCUUGCUAAGGGCCGGGUUUCUGUAAAUUGUGUGUAAAUGUGAGUUGUGACCUUUUGCCAAGGAGGACCGUGACAAAGGAGAAUGCUUUGUUUUAAACCCAAUUAAGCGACUGUAAACUGUACAAUCGGCUGUAUGUAUGAGGAAAUAUUGUACUUAUUUAAAAAUGGCUACCACUUGGAAGAAAACAAGGCAGAAAACAAAGAUGGACUGUGAGACA